AUGACAACUUAUGGAACAAUCUCGGACGCCGAAGCGACCCCAUCAAAUCCAAACUUACAUUACGUUACAGAGGCGAAAGAGCGCUUCCAAGACAAUAUAGGCGUAACAAGACCAUGGAAAGAAAUGAUCCAAUUUUCUCAUUUCAAACUUCCAUCAUCUUUCUAUGACACAAUUCAAAGAAUCAACACCAAUGCCAAACAUUUUCGCGCAAAUUAUGUUAUCACCAUGUUGCUUACUAUUUUCCUUAGCUUACUAGAACACCCUAUCUCAUUGAUCAUAUUAAUUGUGAUGAUGAUUGCAUGGGUGUAUUUAUAUUUCCUAAGAGUUACACCUUUGGUGAUUUUUGGGUAUGAAAUUGAUGAGAGAUAUGUGGUUAUAUCUUUGUUGUCGAUCACCGCCGGUUUGCUCGUUCUAACGGAUGUAACACAUAAUGUGGAAGUUGGUAUGUGUUUUGCCCUAGGUGUUGUGUUGAUUCAUGCUGUGUUGAGAGAAACAGAAGAUUUGUUCACAUUGGAUGAAGAUGUAGGGAUUGUAAGAGGUGUUAAAGAAGUUGUCAAAGUCCCUCUUAAACAACCUGGUUCCGGUUCUUUUACUUUGCCUCCUUAA